CAUUGGUGGGGAGAGCGAGAGCAGUUGGGCGGCCGAGAGCUCGAGCGCUGAUGAUUUCUUCUGCGAAGGCCAUAGAAAGAUUGCUUCUUUGUUCAUACUCGUUCAAACGCCUUUCUCUGAGGUAUCCUCAGGUUGAGAGCUUUUCUUCUCUUUAUCAGAAGAGGAAGUUCGUGGGGGCUCUCAGGAAGAGACUAGACAUGGGUUUCCAGGCCAAAGCAGGAGUUAUCCUCCCAGCAACAGGUGAUCAUGUCAAAGAGGCAAUCCAUGCGAUCACGGCUGGACAAGUUAUUGCAGUGCCAACAGACACCAUUUAUGGAUUUGCUUGUGAUGCAUGCUCUGCGCAAGCAGUUAAUAGAAUCUAUGAGAUUAAAGGACGUAAACAGACGAGUCCUCUGGCAAUUUGUGUUGCUGAUGUAUCAGAUAUAUCGAGGUUUGCCAUUGUGGAUCACUUACCACAAGGGUUGCUUGAUAGUCUGCUUCCUGGACCAGUCACUGUUGUUCUAAGGCGAGGUGAGUCUAGCAUGCUGGAGAAGUCCCUGAACCCAGGUUUAGAUAGCAUUGGAGUUCGUGUACCAGACUGUGACUUUAUUCGAGCUAUUGCACGUGGUUCUAAAAGUGCACUGGCACUUACAAGUGCCAAUCUUAGUGGCCAGCCUAGUAGUGUGAGCACCAAAGAUUUUGAGGACCUUUGGCAGCACUGUGCAUAUGUUUAUGAUGGUGGUGUGCUUCCUUCUGGGCGUGCUGGUUCAACAGUAGUGGAUCUUAUCAAGCCAGGAAUAUACAAAAUUCUGAGGCCUGGAAGCGCAGAAGAAGAAACAAAAGCGGUCCUCGAGAAAUUCUUUUUUCAAGAAGCUGCUUGAGGAAGGAUGGGAAGGAUUGAUCAGCUCCUUGAUAACAGACAUAGUUCAGGAAGUUCACUUUUAUUUGUUUCCUGUCAAAUAGAUUGCAAUGCAAUGUUGUCUUAUAUAAAGGAGUCAAUUUGGAUAUGGGUUGGGUCAGCAGAACUAGCAAUUUUGUCUGACAGAAAACAAAUAAGGAUUCUCUGAAUGCUUGAAUACGAUUAUACGAUAGCAUAAGCAUCCAUUCAAUGAAUUUUGAGUUUGAUCCUUGCCUC